AUGCAGCAUCACCCCCACCAUCAGCCCCAGGGUCCAGCACCUACUCAGCACCUGCAGCACCAGCAACAUCCUCGACCCUCGAGCAUCGUUCAUCAGCAGCACCACCCGCAGGCUCAGUCGCAACAGCAUCCUUCGUACGCGUCCGGCCAUCCCAUCGCCCCCGCCUACCAGCAGACGAGCCAGGCUUCCAACGCCCAGCACUCCCAGGACGGCCUUCCUUAUUACGCGCACCCGAGCCCUUACAGCACCCCAGGAGCGACAAGCGGAUACACUUCCGCUGACCAAUCCGACAUGAUGGCCGCCGCUCAAAUGCCGAGACCACCUUACCCUCCUAUGUCAUACCACACGCCUCAGUCGAACUCGCCUGCGUCGGUAGCAUCGCCCUCCCAACAUGACCAGCACCGCAGCAUCUACGGCCAGCCGCCGUCUCAGCCUCUCCAGCAGCACAUGUACUACCAGACUCAGCAAGCGCACUACCCGUCCAUGCAGGCGCAACCUCAACAGUCGCCGUACGCUCAGCACGCUGCCCAGACGCACCAGCCCAUGUCCUCGCAGACCAACAUGAUGAUGUCGCAGCAGCAGCAGCAGCAGCAGCAGAUGCCUCAGCACGCGGCACAACACAGCCAGCAGCAAAUGACCAACUCUCCGCGCGGCCACAUGAAGACGGAGCCCCAGGUGCCUCUGCAGCUGCAAAAGCCUCAAUCGACCCCCAUGCAGCACGCUCAGCACCCCCAGAACGGCGCUGCUCUCAACACUCCUACCGGUUCGACCCCCGGCGGUGUCAACCCCAACGCGGCCCCCGGCCCUAUUCCGGCUACCACGCCCUUGGUCGUCAGGCAGGACCAGAACGGAGUGCAGUGGAUCGCGUUCGAGUACUCUCGCGACCGCGUCAAGAUGGAGUACACCAUCCGCUGUGAUGUUGAGUCGGUCAACACGGACGAGCUUUCUGCUGAGUUCAAGACGGAGAACUGCGUAUACCCCAGAGCUUGCUGCCCCAAGGAUCAAUACCGCGGUAACCGCCAGGUGUACGAGACGGAGUGCAACACGGUCGGAUGGGCCCUCGCCCAAUUGAACCCUCCUCUGCGCGGCAAAAGAGGCCUUAUCCAGCGUGCUGUGGACAGCUGGCGCAACAGCAACCAAGAUCCCCGGCUCCGAAGCCGUCGAGUCCGCCGAAUGGCGAAGAUGAACACCCGGAAAUCGGUCCAGGGCGGUCCCCAUCCGGGUGCUCAUAUGGGCGGCCCCAGCCCACCAGGGAUGCCGCAAGGAGCGGGUGGCAUGGGUCCCGCGGGUGCAUCAGCCAAGAUGCCUGGAAUGAACAUGGGUCAUAUGCCGCACGCCAACGCUCCGGGUGGAGGGGAUGAAGUCGGCGAUGGAGAAUACGUUGAUGAGCACCACCAUCACCACCAAGCCCCGACCGGCCAGUCGGGUGGCGACGGCGACGUGAGACAGUCGCAAGUAUUCUCCGGUAGCUACGGAGGCUAUCCGGCCCCCAGCUCCGGGUCCAUGCCGCACAUGGGCAGCUCUCAUGGCGGAGCCAUCUCCGCCCGUCGCCACAGCCGCAGCGAGAACGACGAGCCCGAAGACCUGUUCCCCAACAUCCCUGAGGCUAAGAAGCGCAAGUUCAUCCUCGUCGAGGACAACGUCCGGGGCUCGCGCCUUCGUGUGAGAGUCACGCUCGAUGGCGUCGAUACCAAGGAGAUCCCCGACUCCUUCCGCAAGGGAGCUUCCGUCUUCCCUCGGUCGUACUUCCCACGCGAGAUGCAAAGCCCGCCUCCCUCCGCGACCGGGUCCAAGUUCUUCAUGGAGGAUGCUGAUGAGGAGGAUGACGGCGUUGAGGAGACUGACGGCCGCACACGCAGAGCCCGUGGUAACAGCAAGGCCAUGGUCAAGGUGCCCAUUGGUGAGAACACCGAGGGAGAGGUUGCCAUCCCCCGAAUGAGGAAGAGCGUGAGAGGCAAGGAAGUGCGUCUCAACGACCUCGGAUACCGGAUGGCCUGGCUCCAGAGCCGAGUCUUCGCAGGUCGCACUGUGUUCCUUCAAAGAGCCCUGGACUGCUACCGUAACAAGACUCGCUCCGCGAUUGAGUCCAUCAUGCAGGACGUCAAGACCCUUGCGCCGCACUACGAGACGCGUGUCGGCAAGCGGAAGUGGAACGAGAGAAUGAGAAAGGGCGAAACCGAUGAUUAA